GUAUUGGUUGGUGGCCCAGGUGGUGGCGACGCGGCAGCCGGCGGCACGGUGGCCGGUGGCCCGGUGGCCUGGCUGGCCGAAACGGCGUGCGUAUUAUGUGGCAACCAGUGGUAAUCGUAAUCGUUCGCAGUGACUAUAACAAAAAUUUAUGUGGUAAACGGUUCGCGUCAGCGGAUUCGUGCGGAAUGUGUUGAUUACCAAGACACAGCAGUCCCAAUAGGGAAACUAUCCUAACGUUUUGCAGCAUGUUUGCCAAUAUCUAACGUCUUCUUCGGACACUGAAACGACUGAUGUAACUUCAAUGCAGAAGGCGAGUCUAACAGUCAUCGAUAAGAAUCGCGCAGCUAUAACUGAUCUCCAUCAUUCCUUUACUGACGCUCGUCACAGUGGACAACGUUCGACGAAAAGCGCGUGUAUAUAUCGGGAAAUGACGUGCCUCGAUUCGAUGAAGGGGACGAGCCGUGUGACGCGACUUCCCACUGUCCAACAGGUCCAGAGGGAGCGGUGUUAGGCCGGCGAGUGGACUGACGGGAAGCGCUGCAUGUAUGCAACGGUUGUGAGAUUCAUCUUCUCCACACAACCGCACAAAAUCCUUCAGGGAAGUUACGAGCGUAACGUUCAUAUAUUAUUAUAAAACGAUUAUAAAAGGCUGUAUGUUGCGGCAGUAAACCAGCACGUCAGUUGGUGGUGUUUCGGAUAUUUUAAAGGCUAACAUGUUCCGGAAAUCGGGAUUGUGUGUCCUUUGGUGUUACGCGCUCGUCAGUUGUUUUGGCGGAGCGAUCUCGGAUGAUGAUUACGGCCCUGGAAGCGAUGAUACCGUCUUGUCGGCGACCGGCGAUAUGGAGUUUGUGGACGUGGGCCCAGCCGUCCCCAUGUCAACGGACGGAGCAGCAGCCGAUUAUCCCGAUACACCGGCGCCGGCCGUCUUCGGCAGUGGUGCUCCUGCCCCCGAUUAUCCCGAGCCUGCGCCCUCUCCCGGAAACACGCAGCUGCAGGCUGGCGCGUCGGAUGAUUAUCCAGAUGUGACGCAGAGUGCCGUGAAAGCGGGCGGUGACUAUGACACGCCAGUUAAGGCCCCGGAUCAGUACGGCGACGAAGUCGAUGUUGUGGACGACUCCAAGAACAAGAACGUUGUGAAAAUUAUAAAUGGCAUCGUGGUGCCGGAGAAUGAAUUCAACUUCAUCGUCAGUCUGCGCAAAGACGGUCAUCAUAACUGCGGUGGCUACGUGCUUCUUGAUCGCAAGUCCAUCAUCACCGCCGCGCACUGCGUGCACCGACAUGGAGUAAUCUACCCGGCUUCGAUACUCAGCGUCGCCGUGGGCACGCAUAAACUGUCGGCCGUCACCGCGGCCAACAUCAUCCAGGUCAGCCAGGUCUUCGUCCAUCCGCAGUGGAGCGAGAACGCGAUCCUCAACGACAUUGCCGUCCUGCGUCUGGCUGGCAGCAUCAGCAGCACCCUCCGAGUCACCACCGUCAAACUGCCGCCGGUCGACCGCGAACCAGAUGUCGGGCGGCCGCUGGAGACCGCCGGCUGGGGCCGCAUCACGCCGGGCCCCAAUGAGCGCGCCUCCUCCGACGUCCUGCUGAAGGCCACACUGAAGCUCGUCGACCGCACCGUCUGCUCGCAAAAGCUGAGCCGGCCAUCCCGCAAUCCCAUUCCCGCCAGUCAGAUCUGUACGGAGAACGAUCAAGCGGGCACCUGCCAGGGUGAUAGUGGUGGACCCCUUAUCAACCGCCUACCGGGAGGAGACUAUUUGGUUGGACUGACCAGCUAUGGACCUGAAGGAUGCAUUCUCCGCACAGCGGACGCCUUCACCAAGGUCAGCCACUUCAUCGACUGGAUCAACAACCCGGCCAACGGACCAGCCCAGCGCCCCCCGCCGCUCCGGUACCCGCACCCGGGGGUGGUGUCCCCGGAAUCCCGGGACCCCCACCCAGCGGGGGCAACCCUGGCGGAUUCCCGGGUUCCCCAGCCCCAGGGACUCCUGACUGUGGUGGCGGUUGUACCGUGGGAUGCGGUCCUGGCGGACUCGCCGUGGUCGUCGUGCUGCCGAAUGCGCCGACCGGCAGCUGCCAGCGGAUGCCGGGCCGGGGACUGGGGCUGAUGUGCAGCGGUCGCGGAACACCGUCGGGCGGUGCCCGCUGCCACUUUACGGGGCACGGUAUCCGCUGUGUCCGCAGCGGAUUCCUGGGACUGUAUUCCAGCGGUGACGAGGCGCCGUGUUUUAACUACGAA